AUGUUGCAGGAAGACCUGCUGAUCCACGGGGACAGCGUGUACGACAUCAUCGACAAGCAGGACCAGGCGGCGGUGCAGGCGGAGCUGGCCCGGCAGGCUGCCGCGCCGGGGGACGACCGCCGGCUCUUCCUCUGCCGCAUGAACGUGUCGCGCAACGCCCGCCGCCAGAUGCGCUUCGGCGACCAGAAGGUGGUGCUGGUGCAGGGGCACUACCUGUCGUUCCUGCCGCUGUGCUCUCGCAACGAGCCCGUCUUCCUGGCCACGUGUACGCCAGUAGCCAUGCCCGAGACGCGCGAGUGCGUCGUCCAGGGUGCCACCAACGUCUUCACCUCCAUCCACGCCAUGGACAUGAAGUUCAUGCACAUCGAUAAGAACGGCGAGUUCCACCUGGGCUACCCUCGCGCCGAGCUGCAGGGAGCGUCGUGGUACCAGCUGCUGCACUGGGACUGCAUGCGGGAAGCGCAGACCAAGCACCGCCUCAUCACGCAGUCGGAGCAGGACCGGUCGUGCAUCCUGCUGCUGCGGCUGCAGCGGCGCGCCGGCGACUGGCUGUGGGUGCACUGCGUGCUGCAGGUGAAGGACAGCGUCGACAGCAGCCAGCAGCCCGUCAUCGUCUGCACCAACCAGGUCCUCAGCGACCGUGAGGCGGCGGUGAUGCGCGCGAACGGCUGGUUGUACCACUACUACAUGGUGCAGAGCAAGCUGCAGUACGGCCUCGCGCUGGAGGCCCACGCCGCUUCGCGCAUGGCGGCCGCAGCCUACUACCACCACGGCGCCCCGCAGCCGCCGCCCGCGCCGGGACCACAGCCAGAGACAGCGUUCACGACGAUCAACACGAGUAGUGUUGAAGUGGAAUACGUGUUGCUGUUGCUUGCCAAAGACUCUGGCGCUCGAUGCAAGGGCAACGAGUACGUGGAGAGCCCGGUGCCCGUGGACUACUCGCGACACGCCCACCACGAGCCGCCGCCUGCAGACGACGUGCACCGGCGGAAGCUGCCGCGCCUGCUGAAGCCCGUCUCGCCGGAGCUGCUGGCGGCGGCGGCGGGGCGUGCACGCGCUCACGUCAAGGCGGCCGCCGCCGACCCGGCGGACCUCAUGGAGCAGUGGAACCCCAGCCCGCCCUGGUCCGACACGGCGCUGCAGAAGGUGCCCGACAUCAGCCACCAGGAGCUGAGCCCGUACACGACGUGCACGCCGCCGACGCCGAGCGGCACCCCGGCGCACCCGUCGGCGAGCGCGUUCACGUUCGAGUGGUCGGCGGCGGGCGAGCAGUACGUGCCGAGUGUGGGGGCGGGCGCGCUGCCGCCGCUGGCCGCAGCCCCCGCGCCGCCCCCUCACGAGGAGCCGCCGCCCUGGCACCAGCUGCACCAGCCGCACCAGCUGCACCACCACCGCCUCUUCCCUCUGCAGCCGCCCCCGCACCCGCAGCGGCCGGCGCACUCGCCAGACGACACGCCACCCGCCAAAGACGAGAAUAACAGCGUCGGCGGUGUGGGGGCGGGGGCGGGGGCGGGGGCGGGGGCGGGCGGUGGCGCCUGCGUGCGGCGAAACCGAGAGGCGGCACGUCGCCAGGCUAACGGGAGCUGCGUGUACACCACAGACCAGGCUGCUGCAUGGUCAGUUGAGGGUACAUCCACAAACCAGGCUGCUGCACAGCUGGCUCAGCGUACACAGUCCACAGAACAGGCUACAUCAUCAUCAAGGGGGGUGUAUCAGGCUGCAUCAUCAUGGACAGUGGAGCAGGCUGCUUGA